AUGUCUCAACAAGGCGCUGCGCUUCAAAAUUAUAACAAUGAAUUAGUGAAAUGUAUUGAAGAUCUAUGUGGAAAGCGUGAUGAACUACAACGUCAGAUUUUGAUCGAAGAAGAAGAUAAACAUAAAAUAGAAAAUGAGAUACGUGUCGCUAGUGAAAAACUGGCGAAAAUUAAUGAAAACUUAGCUAAGAAGAUCACAGCCCGAACAGAAUUCGAUCGAACAAUCAGCGAAACAGAAGCAGCCUACAUGAAAAUUCUCGAAAGUUCGCAAACAUUACUCAAUGUGCUCAAACGGGAAUCUCAUUCACUUCGAACAAAAGUUGAUGACUAG